CUUCAUUUCCACCACCCCUUGGUCAACACCACAAACAAGUAAAGCACACACAGUCAAAUCCAUCUCGCCAUCAUGUCAGUCGAAGAACAGUCCGCCGCGGCGGAAGAAACCACCACCGCAAACCCCGCGACUACAGAAGAACUCAUGCGCAAACUCGACCAACUGAAGGCCGCAGCUACGCAGCAAUACUCACUCAAGAACUACAGCGCCGCUGCGGAGUCAUUCAGUGAAGCAGCCGAGAUUCAGGAUGAGAUCAACGGAGAAAUGUCACUGGAAAACGCGGACCUGCUCUACCAAUACGGUCGAUGUUUGUACCACGUGGCUGUGGCCAACUCGGACGUGCUUGGCGGCAAGGUCGCUGGCAGCGAGGAGCCGAAGAGAAAGAAGAGAAAGGUGUCGCAGGCGGGCGCCAGUGCGAGCGCUGCAAACGGAGCGGGCAGCAGUGCUGGUGUCAUCAGCGAUGCGCUGAAAGAUGGUGAAGAGAAGCUGGCGGAAGACGUGGUGGAGGCGGUUGUGGAAGAGAACAGCGCGCCCGUCAAGAAGGAAGACGCAGCAUCCAAGCCAUACUUCCAGAUCACCGGCGACGAAAACUUCACCGACUCGGAGGAGGAAGAAGAUGAUGGCGACGCCGCAGCAGACGCCGAAGCAGAAGAGGAAGAAGACGACUUCGCGACCGCCUUCGAAGUCCUCGACGUAGCGCGCAUCCUGCUCAGCCGCAAACUCGAAGCCUCCCAAGCAGCUGGCGGCAAAGGCACAAGCGAGAAACCCGAGCAGCGACAGCUAAAGGAGCGACUAGCCGACACGCACGACCUCCAAGCCGAAAUCUCACUGGAGAACGAGCGCUUUCAAGACGCCAUCAUGGACACGCGCGAAUCGCUUGCUCUCAAAAUCGAACUCUACCCGCAAGAAAGUAGCCUCGUGGCCGAAGCGCACUUCAAGCUCUCCCUGGCGCUCGAGUUCGCCUCCGUCACCUCCACCUCCGACGGCGACGAGGGCAACACGGAGGACAGUAACAGCAAACCCGCCCAAGUCGACGAAAAGAUGCGCGCCGAAGCCGCCAACGAGAUGGAAAAGGCGCUCGCAUCCUGCGCCCUUCGCGUCGCGAAAGAAGAAGGGUCGCUCGCGGGCAUCACCGACGCAGCGAAGAAAGCAGAGCAGCAGCGCUCCAUCACCGAUGUGAAGGAAAUGAUGGCCGAGAUGGAGCUGCGGCUCGUGGACUUGCGCAAUCCGGCUGUUUCUUUGAGUGGCGUGACGGGACCUGCUGGUGCCCCGGACGCUGGCGAUCCUGUGAGGGGUUUGCUGGGGGAUCUGCUUGGGGAGAGCAAGGCGGAGCAGCAGAAGAGGAUCCAGGAGGCGACGGCGAAGGCGAAUGAUUUGUCGGGGCUGGUGAAGCACCGGAAGAAGCCCAAGGUGGAAGAUGCGGGGGCGAAUGGAGGGGAGGGCAAGGGAAAGAGGAAGGCGGAGGAGGUGGAUGGCGAAGCAGGCGGUGCGAAGAAGGUGAAGUUUGAGAAUGGAGUUUGAGCAUGUCCCUCUAACCAAGGACUAUACUUUGCUGUAACGUUAAUAAGAUCGAAUACCCUGUGAGCGCUCUAGACCAAAACCCGCCCACGUAUCAUAAGUGCUAGCCAUCUAUCCCAAAUCCACCCUCCCCAAUCCCCUCUCCAACGCCCCCUCCCUCACACCCUCUUUG